AUGUCGACCGAAAUGACUUCAUAUGAAGUGGUCAAAUAUGAGUCACCAAAGAACCAGGUGCCAUCAAAGGUUCAUCGUUAUCCAGUCUACCGGAGGGCCGCCCGGAAGGCUCUUUCACCUCCUUCACCACCGCCACCGGUCCCAGCACCUGCACCUGCACCUGCACCUGCACCGGAAUGGUCACAAUGGGAGCGGGUCGAGGGGUCUAAGUGGGAUGGAUGGUGGCGAGCAAGGCCUCAAGAGGAUGGUGGAUGGUUCUACCAGUUCACCAAAGACGGCUCGACAAUAUGGCAGCAGAAGCCUGUUCCAUCUGAGACACCAGAGCCGUCAACAGCAUCGGCCAACACUGCGGGUGAGGACGUGAUGUUUGGAGAGAUCGCUGCUACUGCUCUUGCUCUUGACCCCGCCACCAUCACCACCACCAUCACCACCACCUCUACAGCCAGCAAUGCCAUGAGCUACGCAUCAGGUCCUGCUGUUGCGUUCACUGCUUUAGGUCUGCCCUACGAAUUCUCCGCCCUGACUCUGAGAGGAAAUAGUGAAGCCUACGGCCAAGCCUCCCCCAGCACCUACGCCCAAGAAGAAGAGCCCGUGCCCACCAACGCCACCGAAACAUCAAAGCAAAGGCAAGCUGCCAGCUCCCCCCGCCAAAAAAGAAACCACCGGCACAGUCCCCCGUCGCCGCCACCACCAAAGGUGAAGACAAGCAUAACGCUGUCCGAAGAGGAGGAGGGAAAACACAUCAUACUCGACAUUCUAAAUCUCGAAAAACCGAUCGUCAUCAGAAGAAUCUCGGAGCAGUAG